CGUCAUUCGUUAUACUGAAGUGAAGUUCGGAAAUAUGGCCUCCGUCGCGAUCACAGCGUCGUUCUCCGCAAGUGUUGACUUUACCUCUGUUUCCACACGAAAGUUGAGUUUCCGCUCGAAGUUCCUGUCUGUUAGUCCUCCCCUUGCGGCGUCGUCAGCUCAUCGCACGUCGAGGAACCGCAAUGUCGUUCGUGUAGUUGCUGAGGUAGAUGAACCCAUCGUGAAGAUCGGCACUCGCGGAAGUCCACUAGCCCUGGCACAAGCAUACAUGACACGUGACCUCUUGAAGAAAAACUUCGUCGAGCUGUCUGAGGAAGGUGCCCUUGAGAUAUGCAUCAUCAAGACCACUGGCGACAAAGUACUUGACCAACCUCUUGCAGAUAUUGGUGGUAAAGGCCUUUUCACCCGUGAAUUAGAUGUCGCCCUCCUUGACGGUCGCAUCGACAUUGCGGUUCACUCCAUGAAAGAUGUACCGACUUAUCUUCCUGAAGGUUCCAUCUUGCCUUGCAUGCUCCCUCGUGAAGAUGUUCGUGAUGCGUUCAUAUCAGUUAAGUAUGACGACCUUUCCGAACUUCCAGAUGGUGCUCUAGUCGGCACUGCGUCACUAAGGCGCCAAUCGCAGCUCCUUGCAAAGUUUCCUACCUUAAAGUGCGUUAACUUUCGCGGCAACGUGCAGUCCCGUAUCCGUAAGCUGCAAGAAGGCGUUGUUGACUGCACACUCUUGGCCAUAGCUGGGCUUAACCGCAUGGACAUGACAGAGCACGCCACAAAAAUACUUGAGACUGACGUCAUGUUACCUGCUGUUGCACAAGGAGCAAUCGGUAUCGCUUGUCGUACUGGUGAUAGCCGUCAGCUUGAGUUCCUUGAGAAGCUAAACCACGAAGAAACUCGCAUUGCUGUUGAGUGUGAGCGUGCAUUCCUGGCGUCACUCGAUGGUUCGUGCCGCACCCCUAUUGCAGGAUAUGCGUACAAGAGCGGGAACAAUCUCGAAUUCCGUGGUCUUGUUGCAUCUCUGGAUGGAAAACAAAUCCUUGAGACAACUCGAAGCAGUAACUGGUCCUUUACAGAUGCUAUCGACGCUGGAAAAGAUGCUGGGAAUGAGCUCAAGGCGCUGGCUCCUUCUGAGUUUUUUGAAAAUCUCCUCGAGCAUGGUGGAAGUUGGUGAGCUUUGAGAGUAUUGUUAGGGAUGUUCAAUACAUAUUUUUUUGUGGGGACAC